AUGGAUUUUUCUCACUUAUUUCCAAUGAAAGACCAAUAUCUUUUACAAAAAUUUGUUGUAUUUAAAAAUAAAUUAAAAACAUAUUUUAAAGGACAAUCAAAUUUAAAUGUGUUUGAACAAAACAUAAUUAAAAAAAUUAUAUCACCUGCUAAAUUAGGUGAUGAUGAUUUAGCAAUUAUUCAAAUUCUUUCAUACCUAUUUAAACCAGUGAAUAUUAAAAUUCCAAAGAAGACUGCCAAUGAGGACAAUCAAAAAACCAUUAAAUAUUGUAUGCUGAAACCAUCAAAAUUAGAACAAGCUAGUGCUGUGAUAGUCAAUAUCAAAAAUAGUAAUGACAUCAAGACAACCCAUGAACAAAAAGUGAAUAGAGCAUUUAUUAAUAAUUUAACUGUUCAACCAUAUAUCGCCAUCGUGGGGAAUAUUGAAGAUGCUAGUAGUGUAUUGAACUACUAUACUGUAAUUGACAAAAUCGAAACACCAAUUAAGGCGUUAGAUAUUUGUUUUAAAUCAUUCCAUGCAUUAAAUUUAAACUAUCCUCCAGAAGCUGAGCAGGUUCGGUGGUUUAUUCAGGAUUAUUUUUUUUGA